GUCAGAGGGAAGAGAGGCUGCGAGCUGCUCACACACGUCCGCUAAUAUGCAGUGGUCAUGACAUGGAGCUCUGUUUCUGAAACUGUUUGCGAGAGGAAAAGCAGGAAGCAGACAUGUCAGAGAAGAAGCCACGUGGCUCAGACACUCGUCCCAAAUGUGGCCUCCGCAGCUGGAGCGCAGACAGCCACGUCUGGCGGGGGAAGAAACGCUCUCGGAGCUCUCGCAACGGGUCGAGCCCCGGAGGGUCCGAGGCGGAGGCGGCGGAGGAGCUGGGUGUGAGGUCCACGUCGUGUCCGAGGCGACGCAGGGAGAGGAAGUGCAGCUGCAGCGCUCUCGGGGACGCGCUGACGUGCGGGGACAUCGACGUGGUGUGCAGGAAGGCCUUGUCUCGGCGGUCUUUGAGGCAGAAGUUUCAGGAUGCCGUGGGUCAGUGUCUUCCCCUGCGCUCCCACCACCACCACCACCACCAUCACCACCACCACCCGCCGGGCUCCUCGCGGCCCUUCUCGGUGCUCUUCUGGUCCAAACGAAAGAUCCACGUCUCGGAGCUCAUGCAGGACAAGUGUCCGUUCUCGCCCAAAUCUGAAAUGGCCCGAUGCUGGCACCUGAUAAAAAGUCAUGCCGCCCACCCGAACGCCCUGAAAGACAUGGAGGUUCCCCUGAAAGCCAGUGUGUCUUCUUCUACCUCCCCGCCACACACCCCGCUCUCCUGGGAGGACAUAUGCUGCUCCCCUGGGCCCGGGAGCACCAGCCUGGACGACUGGGACCCUUCUUGUCCUCACGGGGGGGCGGCGGGCAGCUGCGGCCACACUGACUACAUCCUGGUCCCAGAUCUCCUCCAGAUCAACAACAGCUCCUGCUACUGGGGGGUGUUAAACCGCUUUGAGGCGGAGGAGCUGCUGGAGGGCCAGCCGGAGGGCACGUUUCUGCUCCGGGACUCUGCCCAGGAUGAGUUCCUCUUCUCAGUCAGCUUCCGCCGCUACAGCCGCUCCCUGCACGCGCGCAUCGAGCAGAACGGCAAGCGCUUCAGCUUCGACGUGCGCGACCCGUGCAUGUACCAGGACCCCAGCGUGACGGGACUGCUGAGGCACUACAGCGACCCGGCCACCUGCCUCUUCUUCGAGCCCCUGCUUUCCAAGCCGCUGCCGAGGACCUUCCCUUUCUCCCUCCAGCACCUGUGCAGGGCCGUGAUUUGCAGUUGCACCACUUACCAGGGCAUAGACAGCCUGCCGCUGCCCCCACAGCUCAGGGACUUUCUCAGACAGUACCACAUUAAGUGCGAUGGGGCCUGUGCCAUGUGAAUGUCCGAAACUCAUAAGACAGGCCAAACAAAGGCACCUUACGCCGGCACCUUUGAAGUUUAAGGAUGAAGAAGAGUCAAGAAUGUCCGUUGAUCGUGAUGCGUCGACGUUUAAAGCAAAAAUGGACAGGACGUCUCCUUCAGUCUUACAGGCUGUUUAAAACUUGGAUUUAUUCAGUCGAGCUCACAGGAUAAGAAAGGAGUUACUAGAGAUGACGGAGACACUCAGAACUGAACAAAAAAGUUCUAAAACAAAUCAAGUGAUUAAAAUCACCAAGACAUUACUUCUUUUCCCCAUCAUGUGUGCACCUUUCCUGGCACACAUGGAGAGUAAAACCUCUUGUCGUGUUUAAUCAUGACAUUUCCCUGCAUAGAAUCAGGUACAGAGACUCCAUAUGCAUCAAGUAUACAUGAUUAAUUAAUCAAUAACUUUUCUUUCAAACAGAUGUUUAGACAUCUCUGUAACCUUUUACCUCUCCAGUGUGCUUCUGAAUAUUUGUCUUCUAGACAAAAUAGUGCAAAACACUUUCUUGCAUUCCUGUCUGCAGCCACAAGAUGGCGUCACAGCUGCACCAAUCGCCACUCGGUAUUUUAACAUCAACUGUGCCUCCCCGUUUAACUGUUUACAUGCUGGAGGGGAGUAAGCUACAAAGAAUUCCCUUCAAAGUAUGUGAAUCACUUUGAUGGCUCCGAUUUAUAUUAUAUUCACUACACUGAUGCACAAACCAAUAAAUGCUAUUUAAACUGA